AUUGCGCUUCUUUCAUUGCCGUAGGCCAUGCUUGGGCGUUCUUGGGUAGGUCGCGCUUUAUUGCUCCUUCUAGGCCCUUUCCAUCAAACCACCGAUGCGCAUGGAACACACAUCACAUCUUUCGAAGAUGUGUUGUCGUCACAACCACACGUUCACGACUUUGCCGUUGUGAGCUAUGUGUCCGUUACAAGUGCCGAUGGUGUCGAGUCCCUCGCGCCCAACGCGCCGUACCCGUCAUCGUUGCACGUUCACUUUCGCACGAGCCACGGCAUGGACGUGAAGUUUGACGUUCGACUCAAGCGCAACUUGUUCGCCGCUGACUCGUUUGUGUGGGCGCACGACGGUCCAGAGCUCGCGCUCCUCAAGUCGCACAAGCCGCAUCACAUUGCUUACGAGGGGACAUUGCCCCUUGGGUACAUCCGCCUCACAAUGUUUGACCGCCAUACGUUCCAUGCAACGAUAAAGUUGCACGACAAGAUUGUGGUCGUGGACCCCGUGGAGCACCACAAGAAUGCCCACCAAUUGACGUCGCCAGUGACUGGUAUGGUGGCGUACUCGAUCCCACUAGAAGCUGCGACGCUGUCGAACGAGCACCAUCGCCAGUUAACGUCGACGUUUGGCCGAAUGGCAACGUGCACGUGGAGUGCGAGGCAAAUCACGGUCGGGGUCGUUUCCGACGCCGGGUUUACGUCUGAACAUGGAGGGGCCGCAAAGACUCAAAGCUACCUAAUUGCAGUGUACAACUCUAUCAACGGACUCUACGACGACCAAAUCGGCGUGCACUUGACCAUCGGGGCGUUCCUGAUUGAAACGGCGGCGGGGGGGGCGGCAUGGAACGUAGAGCCGCAAACGUGUGGCGCCAUGGUCGAUAUGAAUGUCCAGCUCAACGCUGUCAAAUCGUGGGUUGCUGCAGGAGAAGAUGUGCCCCUGUGCAAUCAAGAAAACUGUGGGGUGUGGCACCUGCACACUAAUUGCGACGCGGACCGCACUCGAACGGGGAAUACCGCGGGGCUGGCGUGGGUGGGCACUCUGUGCAGCAGCAGCAUGGGCUACAACACUGGCGUGUCCAUCGACGCCGGUGUCAAUACGUGGAUCGUUGUGGGCCACGAAAUCGGCCACAACUUUGGAGCAGACCACACGUUUGCAGAAGGCGGGAUCAUGUCAUACGACUGGAGUACCCCCACCAAGUUUUACGAUAACGGCCAAGUGUGCUCGUUUGUGCAAAGUGUCUUGGACAAGUGUUUGAAACCAUACAGUUCCGACGGAGCUGCCACAGCCAGAGCUACCACCACCACAGCCAGACCCACCACCACAGCAAUCACAACUGCUCAACUAACGACCACCACAGCAAGACCAACCACUACUACCUCCGCCGGUCCUGCCACGACCACUACAACGACGACACCUUUGGCCACUACUUCGACUUCCACGCCACUACCACAAGUGGAUCCAUGUGCAUGCUCGACUGAAAACCUGUGCCGCGAGGUAUACCGCCCUGGCUGCCAAACGUUUUUGGACAAGCGAUAUUGCUACGUUGUUGGCUACGACCAGUGUGCUCGUGCGAAGCCAUCGGUGACAUGCACCAACGCCAACGGCAAGACGCUGUACUAUCUAGAGUUUGAUGGCGUUUGCCCCACACUGGUGCCUUCACCAAGUCCAAAUACCCCCCCAGUUACUACUACUCCAACCACUUCAACCCUAACUCCAACCACUACAACCCUAACUCCGAUAACUACAACCCUAACUCCAACCACUGCAACUCCCCCAUCAAGUACUACUACUAUUGUCCCAACCACCACCACAACCCUAACUCCAACAACUGCAACCCCCACCACAACUACAACUACUGUUGUCCCAACGACCACCACCUCUUCCGCCCCUACACCCGCCAAUACAACGCUCAUUCCCACACUUUCAAACUCAACGCCCCCAACAACGAUAACCAAUCCGCCUACCACGACGGCUGCUUCCUCCGACCCAUGCAGUUGCUCGACAGACUCCAAGUGUCCAACUAUCGCAGGUGGUGGCUGCCAAUCUUUCCGCGGUCGUUCGUGGUGCUACGUCCAAGACCCGACAAAAUGUGUGGGGGCAGCGUACUACGAUUCUAUGGAUUGUGUGGGUCAAAAGUACAUGCAGUGCAAUGGAUCGACCAAUACAUUGUUGCCACCGCCCCCGAAAGACCCUUGUGCAUGCAGCACGACUGUCACAUGCCCCAGCGUCAGCACCCAGCCUGGCUGCUUCAAAUCUGACCGGACCAGCUACUGCUACGUCCAGGACCCCACCAAGUGUUUCGGACCGUCGAUUCGAUCGUCGUCAGUGUGUGCUCGUGAAAAACUGCGCCGAUGUUCGUCCCAAGACAAGUCGGCGACGCAUUGGAUUGUGAAUGAAUGGUCCAAAUGUUCUGCGCUCUGCGGUGGCGGAGUCAAAACUCGCACGGUGGCCUGCAUGGACCAAAAGGAGAUCAUUGAGUUCACAGACUCAUCAUGCUCGACGCCCAAGCCCGUCUACACGCUCGAGUGCAACGUUCGGUCGUGUCCUGUGACAGCGUUCAACAACACCACACCGUGUGCUGGCCCGCCUCACUCCACGUGCAAACCUCGAUCUCGCAAGCGACUUUGCGAUUGUGCGUGCAAUUUGGGCUACAUUUACCACCCCCGUCGUCGCGAGUGUGUGCCGCUUCCAGCGAUGGAGAUGCUGUCGGUGAAGUGCCCGGAAUGCGCAGGGAAUGUUCGCGGCCCACUGAGCUUUGAGGUUCGCUCUCAUGACAUCGAUCCACUGGAGCCCCCUGUGUGUGACGGUCAAGACGACGGUGGCACAGUCACCGUCACUGCGUCGUGGCUGGUUGCGUUCGAGCCAGACUCUACGACAACCUCGGGUGAUAGUGCCAGCACCAGUGAAGGAACAACCAAUGUAGCGAUGAUUGCCAUCGCCACGUGUAUUGCUGCGAUCGCACUCAUCCUUGUGGUGCUCGCGUAUCGCCGCCACACUGUCCUUCAACCCGCCACGCAGCAUCAAACCCCCGUCUACAUUGUAGGAUCCACCCCCGGAGCCAUGCUUUAACUUUAUAUCUCAAUGAAUUUUUGUUUGUGCCA